GUACGAAAACUAAUUGUUAGAUUAAUUUUAUAUUGUGUAGUUUACUUAUUAUUAAAAUUGCUUAUAUAAAAUUAUUGAACGUGUUCUAUGUGAAACGCACGCGCGUGCAGAGAUAAUUUUUAAGUCUCUUCUAAAAAAAUAAACUUAUAUUGCAUUCGUAAAUACAGAAUAACAGAAAGAAGUAUAAAUAUAAUACAUAUUUCUCACACAAAUGUGAGGAGCAAAAGUUACAAAUUUUUUCUUUCAACAGGUAAUCUUUGAAAAAUUUUAUAGAUUUUUAAAUAUACAUAUUUUUUAGUUUCUCUAUAUCCUGACUCUUCUCUUAAUUCAACAAAUCUGUGAAAAUGUGAUUAAUGAUAAGUUUACGUCAUAAUAUUAUUUAUAUAUGUAUUAUUUAUAUAAUAUAUAUACUGUUUUAUAUCAAACAGAGAGGAAGCGAUAACAACCGCGGAAUACGACGCAGUUGUACAGAUCGACUAACUUGGAUAUUUUUAAAACAUGCAUAAAGUCAGUUGAAGUAUGAUCAUAUGAAUUGUAGCAAACUUAUCUCUGUUAAAAUAAAAACGAAGCAAGCAUAUCUACAUAUAUAAUAUAAACUCAUUGCCCACCCGACUCAGCAUUCAGCAAUCGUCGUCGCGCCCAAAGUCCUCUCGUGAACUGAAGUUUUUAUGUAUGAUAUAUAUAUUUGGGAAAGCAAAAGCUGAUCGAGCAAGUUUUGCAAAGCGAAACAAAAUGUCAAGUUAAUGAAUAUUUGAUGAAAAAAAUUGAUAUAAAAAAAAUGUAUGGAGUACGCGCGUGUUAAGUUCACAACAUAAAAUAUCACCGAGAAGAGCUAACUGUCAUUAUGUCGUUUAUAAUAUCGUCGAUAGUAGGAAUGUGCGCGAGAAACAAACAGCUGUUAGUGCGCAAAGCACCGAUCGUUAAACAACCGGUGCGAAACUUAGAGGUGCACGAACACGUUGCCUACACGUUUCUGAAAGAAGCUGGCAUUCCCACUCCGACUUUCGGGGUGGCAAAAACACCCGAUGAAGCCGCUGAUCUGGCCAAAAGUUUCAGAACAAAAGAUCUCGUCUUAAAGGCGCAAAUUCUGGCUGGAGGAAGAGCGAAAGGACAUUUUAAAGAUACUAAUGUCAGUGGCGUCGUAAUGUGCGAUUCAGCCGAACAAGUAAAAGAAGUAGCAAGCAAUAUGAUCGGCAAACUGCUCAUAACUAAGCAAACAAGUAAGGCCGGAAAAAUAUGCAACUCCGUGAUGGUUACGACACGUAUGUUUCCGCGCAAAGAAUAUUACAUGUCUGUGAUGUUGGAGCGUGCUUUCGAUGGGCCUGUGAUAAUAGUCUCCAAGCAAGGCGGCGUGAACAUCGAGGAAAUCGCUGCCGCGAAUCCGGAAGCUGUCGCAUAUAUACCGAUCGAUGUAAACAAAGGUUUAACGUCCGAGCAAGCGUCUAGUGUUGCUGAUAAAUUAGGACUUACCGGAAACAGCAAGGAAAUCGCGUCGAUUGUUGCGAGCAAUCUUUACGACUUGUUUAUGAAGAAGGAGGCUUUGCUCCUUGAAAUUAAUCCAUUCAUAGAGGACAUAUGCGGCAAAUAUUAUGCUCUGGAUUGCAAAUGCAGUUUCGACGACAGCUCCGAGUUUCGGCAGAAAGAAUUGUUCUCCUUCAAAGAUACCACCCAGAUGGAUCCGAAUGAAGUUGAGGCUGAGAAGCACAACUUGAAUUAUAUAACUAUGGAUGGAAAUAUUGGUUGUAUGGUGAACGGAGCCGGCUUAGCUAUGGCCACUAUGGACAUUAUACAGCUGUACGAUGGCUGGCCAGCGAAUUUUUUGGACGUUGGCGGAACCGCUACAGUCGAGACCGUAAGGGAAGGAUUCAAAAUAUUGUCGUCAGAUCCAAAUGUAGAAGCUAUUUUUGUAAAUAUCUUUGGUGGCAUAAUGAGAUGCGAUAUAAUCGCUCAAGGAAUCAUUGAUGCUUCUAAAGAGUUGCACUUGAAAGUACCUGUGGUAGUGCGAUUACAAGGUACUAAUGUGGAAAAAGCUAAGAAGUUGAUUUCAGAUGCUAAACUGAAGGUAUUUUCUGAGGAUGACUUUGCUCAAGCAGCAGCGACGUCCGUUAAGAUGGCGUCGAUGAUGAAUCUUGCAAACUCUUUGAAUUUAGAUAUUGCUUUCAGUGCUAAAUCACCGGUGAAGAGAAAUAACUAAAAAAAAAAAAAAAA